AUGCCGCCGAAGAAGAAGACUUCGAUCCAGAAGAAGAAGAAAAAGGGCGGAGCGACGCGCGAAGAGACGGUCGAGACCAAUGAGAAGCAAAAGUCGGUGAUGGGGUCCGUGCCCAACCCGGAGAAAGCCGCCCCCGCCAAGAAGCAGGCCAAGAAGACGACCAAGGGCAAGAAGAAAGCGCAGGCUACUGUCGGUGGGUUACUGUAAUUUUUUGGGCUUUUGAAGUUUUAUUUGCAGAUUUUAUAGCGUUUUACGUUCUGUAAAGAAAGUUCUUGCUAUUUUUUGAUUUGUAAAGAAAGUUUUUGCCAUUUUAUGUUUUGCAAAGAAAGUUCUUUCCAUUUCAUGUUUUGUAAAGAAAGUUCUUGCCAUUUUAUUCCUUGUAAAGAAAGUUCUUGCCAUUUCAUGUUUUGUAAAGAAAGUUCUUGCCAUUUCAUGUUUUGUAAAGAAAGUUCUUGCCAUUUUAUUCCUUGUAAAGAAAGUUCUUGCCAUUUCAUGUUUUGUAAAGAAAGUUCUUGCCAUUUCAUGUUUUGUAAAGAAAGUUCUUGCCAUUUAAUAAACCCAAACAAAAGUUAUUACUAUGACCAUCAAACAAUCACUACCGCUUUCAGUCGAAGCAACAUGCGAAGAACAAGCCAACGAUGGUCCAAGUUUGAUGAGCAAACCCACUCCAGCCGCAGCUCCGCCCGCAACCCAAGGCGAAUGCAACUUUACUGAGCAACAAAAAUAUUUAUUUGGAGAGUUUGUCAGGGAUACGGUUACUUUGGGCGUGCAUGGUAUCUUUAAUCAGUUCGAAGAGCUGAAGAUCUACAUUCCCAAGACUCACACUAGCAACGAGUUCAAUCUGCACAUGGACAAGAAUAGGUAUAAAGGUAGGUUAAGGUUUCUUUUUUGGUUUUCUUGAUAUUUUUAAGGCAUGGGUAAGAUAGGGUAUCGUAGGAUAUAUGGAGGGUAUAGUGGAUUUUAUAAGGGUAAGUUACGUUAAGGUUGAGUGGAGGGAAAGGUAGGUAGGGUAGGGUAGGGUAGGGUAGGGUAGGGCAGGUAGGGCAGGUAGGGUAGGGUAGGGUAGGGUAGGGUAGGGUAGGGUAGGGUAGGGUAGGGUAGGGUAGGAUAGUGUAAAUAAAAUUUAAAUGCCAUUUCAGAUGUGACCUGUGCCGACGCAACCCGUGUUGUUCUCCGUGAUGGCAGCUACAUCCAUGCCAAUUUUGUUGGCGGAGAUCCUUUCAAAAAUCGAUUCAUUGCUACUCAAGGCCCUCUAUCGAAUACUGUAGUCGAGUUCUGGAGAAUGUGUGUCCAAGAAAACGUGGGCUACAUCUUCAUGUUGUGUGAAUGUAUUGAAGAUGGCAAACAAAAGUGUCAACGAUAUUGGUCACCAGAUCCUAAAGGAACUCUUGCGGUUGGUGGUAAGGCUUUAUAAGGUUUAGGAAAUGUGGAAAGAAAGUUAUUGCCGUUUCUAGUUUUGUAAAGAAAUUUCUUGCCAUUUUAUGAUUUGUAAGGAAAGUUCUUGCCAUUUCAUGUUUUGUAAAGAAAGUUUUUGCCAUUUUGUAUUUUGUAAAGAAAGUUCUUGCCGUUUGUGACUUGUAAAAAAAGUUCUUGUGAUUUUAACCUUUGUAAAGAAAGUUCUUGCCAUUUCAAUUUUUGUAAACAAAGUUUUGACCCAUCUUCACCAUACUAACCCAUUUCUCUAGAAUACAUGAUAACCAAUGGAGAAUCUCGAAUGGACGGUAACACUGAAUACACGGCUUUAAGCGUCUCGGUAAAUGGCCAACCCGUCCUCCAAUGUCAGCACGUUCAAUGGCACGGUUGGCCAGAUCACGACGUGCCACGUCAGGUCAUGAAGCCGUUGGAACUACUAAAGGUGGCCAGGUCGUGUACAAGCAGGCCAAGUGUUGUCCAUUGCUCGGCUGGAAUUGGUAGAACUGGCGCGUUCUUGGCCAUUGAAAUGUGCUAUCAACACUUGAUGACGUCGACCAUCAAGCUGAAUGUGGUGGAUGUGGUCAAGAAUUUGAGGGGUGGGUUAUUAGAAAAUUUUUGAAAGUUGAAAUCUUUUUGAAUUUUUAAAAAUUGCACUUUUAGCUAUGCGAAUGCACUGUGUACAAACAGCUACACAGCUGGUGUUUGUCUAUAGAGUGAUGAUUGGGUUGGCCGAGCAAGAGGACAUUAUCAGUGGAAAAAUUGAAAACUUGAAGCCGGUAAGGGUUACUGUAGUUUUGGGUAGGGUAGGGUAAGGUAGGAUAAAGUACAGUACGGUAGAGAACGGUAAGGUAGCUUACGGUAAGGUAUAGCACGAUAAGAUAACAUACGGUAAGGUAAGAUGAACUUAACUUUACGAAAAUUGUUGUAUUAUAUAAGGAACUUACAUUACUUUCCAAUUCCAGUACGUCCAACGUUUCAUCAAAGAGUAUGAGACCACUGCGGAGUCGGACGCGGCCAAACAAGCGGCCAAGCAAUCAGCCCACGCGGCCACAGCCGGCGCUCCGGCCGCUCAACCACCAGGCGGACAAGUACCCGGUGGACCAAUACCAGGCGGACCAGUACAAGGCGGAUCAGUACCAGGCGGUCCAGUACCAGGCGGACUAGUGCCAGGAGGACCAGUGCCAGGCGGACCAUCACCAAUGGUAGGAGACCCAGCUUUUGGAGGUGUACCACCAAGACCAGCAUCGCCAGGAGCAAUGCCACCCACACCACAAUUUGUAGCCGGCGUACAGACUGGUGUCCUGGGACAAGGCUUCGUACAACCGGGACAACAACCACAACUCGGUCCACCGCCAGGAGCGGUACCACCUUAUGGAGUACCACUGCAAACCCCGCCCAUGGGAUCACCCGCCCCACCCAAUCCGGGCAUGCCACCGCUUGUUAACAGAGUUCAACGUUGA